AUGCGCUCAUCCUCUGCCGCUCCUCCAUCAAGCCCUCCCAGAUCUUCUCCCCCACCGCUACUGCGAGACGAACUUGAUCUUGACCAAGACGACGUAAUUGAGCCAGACGAGGACCUCAUUCCUGACCUUGACGAUGCCGAAGAACAGCUCGAAGACGAUGCCGGUGUCGAUUUGUUUGGCGACAACUUCGAAAACGACUACAGACGCCGCGAAGAUGAUUUCUACCAAGGUCAGGAUAUCGACGAUGAAGGCGACUACGAUGACCUGGAUUUGGCUGCCCGACGACAACUCGAUGCCCGCCUGAACCGUCGUGAUCGCGAGCUGGCCCGCCAAAGGAGACCCCAAGUAGCUCUGGACGACGACGAAGAUGACUUGAUGGACCUGACCAGACAGCCCCGCAGGCGGCGACACAGAUACGACGAGGAACAAGACGACAUGGACAUGGGUGAAGAUAUCAUGACCGAAGAGCUCUCUGCUGAAGGCCUGGCAGAUGUCAAGGCCGCCAACCUGACCGACUGGGUUGCUCAGCCUGCCGUCUAUCGUGGUAUUGCUCGUGAGCUCAAGGCCUUCUUGACCGAAUUCGUUGAUGACAAUGGUAUCUCUGUUUAUGGUGUGCGCAUCCGUACUCUGGGUGAAGUCAACGCCGAAUCUCUCGAGAUUGACUGGGAACAUCUCAGCAUGACAAAGCCGACAAUGGCAUACUUCAUCGCCAAUGUACCUACCGAGACGCUCAAGAUCUUCGACCGUGUCGCCAUGGACGUCACUCUGUACCACUACCCCGACUACGAACGCAUCCAUUCAGAGAUCCACGUUCGCAUCGACGGCUUGCCCACAUCAUACACUCUGAGAGAAUUGCGCCAAUCCCACUUGAACAGUCUUGUCAGAGUCAGUGGUGUCGUGACACGCCGCACUGGCGUGUUCCCCCAGCUCAAGUACGUCAAGUUUGACUGCACCAAAUGCGGUGUCACUCUGGGCCCGUUCCCUCAAGAUUCAAACACUGAAGUCAAAAUCUCUUUCUGUCAAAACUGCCAGUCUCGUGGUCCUUUUACAGUCAACUCUGAGAAGACUGUCUACCGCAACUACCAGAAGAUCACUCUCCAGGAGUCACCCGGAACCGUGCCUGCUGGUCGUCUGCCCCGCCACAGAGAAGUCAUUCUUCUGUGGGACCUGAUUGAUUCGGCCAAACCUGGUGAGGAAGUCGAGAUCACUGGCAUCUAUCGCAACAAUUACGAUGCCGCCUUGAACAACAAGAACGGUUUCCCUGUCUUUGCCACCAUCCUCGAAGCCAAUCAUGUUGUUAAAUCCCAUGACCAGCUCUCUGGCUUCAGACUGACAGAGCAAGACAAAGACGACAUCACUGCCCUGUCAAAAGACCCCCAAAUUAUCAACAAGAUCAUCAACAGCAUCGCACCCAGUAUCUACGGUCACACCGACAUCAAGACAGCCGUCGCACUCAGUCUGUUUGGCGGUGUGAGCAAGGAAGCUCAAGGCAAACACUCCAUCAGAGGUGACAUCAACGUGCUGCUUCUCGGAGAUCCUGGUACUGCAAAGUCGCAAGUUUUGAAGUAUAUAGAGAAUACUGCACACAGAGCUGUCUUUGCCACAGGUCAGGGUGCUUCGGCUGUUGGUCUGACUGCAUCCGUGAGACGCGAUCCCAUGACCUCAGAGUGGACUCUGGAAGGAGGUGCUCUGGUAUUGGCAGACAAAGGAACUUGCCUGAUCGACGAAUUCGACAAGAUGAACGAUCAAGACCGCACAUCCAUCCACGAAGCCAUGGAGCAACAAACCAUCUCCAUCUCCAAGGCCGGCAUCGUCACAACACUACAAGCUCGUUGCGCGGUAGUCGCAGCAGCCAAUCCCAUCGGUGGCAGAUACAACGGAACCGUCCCAUUCAGUCAAAACGUCGAGCUCACCGAGCCCAUUCUCUCUCGUUUCGAUAUCCUCUGUGUGGUCCGCGACACUGUCGACCCCGAAGAAGACGAACGCCUGGCUGCCUUCGUUGUCAACUCCCAUGGCAGAGCUCAUCCUCUUCUCAGCGGCUCUGCCAAUGACGCACCAGUCAACAGCAUGCAAGACGCCAACAUGGACGUUGACGGCGAUCAGGGAACUGGCAAGCAAGGCGAAAUCUCGCAGGAGUUGUUGAGGAAAUACAUUCUCUACGCUCGUGAGAGACACCGUCCUAGGCUGGCCUCGAUCGAUCAAGACAAGAUUGCGAAACUGUUUGCGGAUAUGCGCAGGGAGAGUUUGGCUACGGGUGCUUAUCCCAUCACUGUCCGUCAUCUCGAAUCCAUUCUCCGUAUCGCUGAAGCGUUCGCCAAGAUGCGUCUGUCCGAGUUCUGCAGCAACGCAGAUAUCGAUCGCGCCAUCUCCGUUGCUGUUGACUCCUUCGUCGGUAGUCAGAAGAUGAGCUGCAAGAAGCAACUGGGUCGGGCGUUUGCAAAGUAUACGCUUGCUAGACCUGGUGCUGUGCGUAGUAGCAGAAACGCCAGGGCUGGUGCUUCCAAUGUUGGCGUUGCUGCUUGA